AUGUUUCUCGAACGUUUGCGUGACGGCACAGUCCGCAUAGUGUCAGGAAUAAAGGAGUCGAAGUUACGGCAGUGGAUUCCCAUUCUCUUGCUUUUGACUUUGGCUGCCUACCUCCUCAUGGGUUCCGCGUGCUUUUGGUUCUUCGAGCACGACAAACAUGAGCAGACUGUCAGAAAAUGGUAUAUGAAUAUGGCGGUGAAUAGGUACGUUUAUGACCAUUUCGAAUUAUUUACAUUUUUAUAAUU